AUGUCGGAUGAUGAAGAUCCGAGUCGGAUUGCGCGAUCGCGAUCUGCCGAGCCGCCGAGCACCGCGAGAAGCUCACUGUGGAUGAGCAUGGGGUUCCAUCAAAACCGUGACAAUUCCAGACGACGUCGAAUGUCGAAGGCGCGACGCGAGAGCCAACACAUCGAAUUGUCAUCGCUCGCGCCUGGAACGCGGGUGAUGUUCCUGCUCAAAGAGAAAGAUGUCACACCAGCAUUGUUCACCGAAAUGGGUGAGCUCGACCAGAACGAAUGGCGAGAAACUGCGCGUUGGGUGAAAUUUGAAGAGGACGUCGAACAGGGCGGAAACCGAUGGUCGAAACCGCAUGUCGCCACACUCUCGCUUCAUUCGCUUUUCCAGCUUAGAAGCUGUAUUAUGAAUGGGCUUUUUAUGAAUGAUGUGCCCGAAACUGAUCUCAACUCAAUUAUAAAUGCAAUUCUCGCAAAAUUGGUCGCCGCUGGCGAAAUUCAAGAAGAGAAUCGCGAAGAAUUGCGCGAAAUAUUACUUCGCAAGCACGUUCAUCAAUACGAGCAGCCGGGAUUUUGGUCGAUGUCGAAUUGGUUCGACGAUGGGCGUACGCCGUCGACGUCGCGCGCUUCAAGCUUUUCGAAUCGCUCACAGUGUCUGGAGCAGCAGCCGAAAAAGAAUGGAAAUGGAAGCGAGAAAAGCGGAUUCUUGAGCACAGUUCGCUCGAUAUCCGAUAUUGGUCGAUCGUUUUCUCACGGCAAAAAUUUGGGCAAAAUCGAGGAGAAACCGGAAAUCGAGUCGUCUGCCACAGCUACAACUGCUCCCAAUCAGCUCACGCUACCCAACGUCGAAUCUGUGCCGAAGGACAUUGCCAGUGAUGAUGCUUCGAAAGGAAAUUUGCAUUUUCUCAAGAAGCUGCCGCCUGGUGUUGAAGCGAGUAAUGUGCUUAUUGGAGAGGUCGAUUUCCUCACACGCCAUAUUUGUGUAUUUGUGCGUCUUCGCAAUGCGAAUCAGUUGGGAGAUCUGACCGAGGUCCCAGUGCCCACUCGAUUCAUCUUCUUGCUUUUGGGACCCACUGGACAUGGACAACAGUAUCGUGAAAUCGGAAGAGCGAUAGCCACUUUGAUGGCCGAUGAGAUAUUCCACGACGUCGCCUAUGGAGCCCGUGACGUCGACGAUCUUCUUGAUGGAAUCGACGAAUUCUUGGAUCAAGUCACAGUUUUGCCGCCUGGUGAAUGGGAUCCCAAUAUUCGAAUCGAGCCGCCAAAUAAGCUGCCAUCGCAGGAAAAACGCAAACAGAUCGGCAAAGAGUUGCUGGUCGAGCCAGCAGCAGCUGCGGCAGCGGAAAAGAAGAAGCUUGAAGUGGAGCUGGAAGAGGAGCACUCGCACCUCAACGAUCCAGCUCUUCAGCGAACCGGCAAACUGUUCGGCGGUCUGAUUCUCGAUAUCAAACGCAAGGCUCCUCAUUAUGUGUCGGAUUUCACCGACGCGUUCAACAUUCAAUGCCUCGCCUCGAUCUGCUUUAUGUACUUUGGUCUUUUGGCCCCGAUUGUGACAUUCGGAGGACUCUUGGAAGAAGCAACACAUCAGAGAAUGGCUGCCAUGGAGAACUUGUUCGGAGGAUCGCUUUGCGGAGUUUUGUAUCACCUGUUCGCCGGACAACCGCUCACCAUCAUCGGAUCGACCGGACCGGUGCUCGUUUUCGAAACAAUCGUCUAUGACUUCUGCCAUCGAUUUGGAAUCAAAUACUUAAGCUUCAGAUUCUGGGUUCAUGUCUGGACUGCGUUUAUUAUAUUGGUUAUGGUUAUCACCGACGCAAGUUCUUUGGUUUCUUAUAUAACCCGUUUCACUGAGGAAUCGUUCGCCACUUUGAUCGCUGUGAUUUUCAUCUAUGAAGCUAUCAUGAAGUUGGUCAAAAUCAAGGGGCAACUCGAUGUGAUCAACUAUUCGAGAGAUGUUGUUGAUGGAACCUGCUUUUGCAUUCCGACGACCGGAAAACCGCCAGUUGGUCACGAACGCGCUGUCGAUUACAUCAAACGCAAUUCGCUGAACAUCCCGUUCAACGAGACCGCCAUCGAUUUCUCGAAGGCUGCUCUUCCCGAUUGUCGCGCUAUUGGAGGAACGUUUGGUGGUGAUUCGUGCUUCCCAAUGUACGACAAACUGCUCAUGUCGAUCCUGCUCACACUUGGAACUUUCUUCCUCGCCACCACUCUCAAGAAGCUUCGCAACUCUUGUUAUUUCCCGACCAAAGUCCGCCAGAUCUUGUCCGAUUUCGCUGUGAUGCUUGCUAUCGCGUUUAUGACCUCAAUUGACAUGAUCGUCGGAAUUAACACGCCAAAAUUGAAUGUUCCCAGCAGUUUCAGACCAACCUGGGAUGGUCGUGGUUGGAUUGUCUACCCAUUCGAUGGAAAUCCGUUUUGGACCGCCCCACUCGCCUUCUUUCCAGCUCUUCUUGCUUGUAUCCUAAUCUUCAUGGACCAGCAGAUCACAACAGUUAUUGUGAAUCGUAAGGAGAACAAACUGAAGAAAGGUUGUGGAUACCAUUUGGAUCUUCUUGUCCUUUCCGUCACAAUCAUAAUGGUCGGCUUCCUCGGAUUGCCGAUUUACGUCGCUGCCACUGUUUUGUCCAUCAAUCACAUCAAUUCGCUGAAAGUCGAAAGUGAUUGCAAGGCUCCGGGAGAAGUCGCGCAGUUCGUUGGCGUCCGCGAGCAAAGAGUUACUGGAAUUGUCACCUUCCUUAUUAUCGGACUGUCGGUUUUGGCAACAAACGUUCUCGGAAAAAUACCAAUGCCUGUCUUGUACGGCGUCUUCCUUUACAUGGGUAUUUCUGCAUUGGGCGGCAUUCAGCUCUUCGAUCGAUUCCUUCUCUUGUUCAUGCCAAUGAAAUACCAGCCGGAUACGAUUUACAUCCGACACGUGCCGAUCCGAAAAAUUCACCUCUUCACAUUCUUCCAGAUUGGAUGUCUUGCCCUUCUUUGGGUUAUCAAAUCAAUCAAGUCCACAUCGAUUCUGUUCCCAAUUAUGCUUGUUGUCAUGGUUGGAAUCAGAAAACUGAUGGAGAAGGCGUUUACGAAGACGGAUCUCAAAUAUUUGGAUGACCCAAUGCCCGAUUUCCAUUUGAGAAAGAAGGAAGAUUUGAAGCGUCGAAUGAGCGAAGGAGAACCGGUUGAAAUCGAAAUUGAUAAUGAGAAUCAGGCGACGAUUCAUGCCGUUAAGACAGAAGCUCAUUUGCACAUUCCGAUGACAUCUGGAAAUGUGAUUAAGAUCCCAUUGGCGGCCAUUCAGGAGCCAUCGCAUUCCAUCAAUUUGACCAAAGAGGUUAACAACAGCGGAAUGUGGAAGCACAUAAGUUCGGCGGACUCAAAAAAUUCGUUGACUCGCGAUGUCCCACACAACGAGCCAGAAUCGACCAAAGACGCUCCGAUCGAGCAGCCCGAAGACGACGAUGAUCCGAUAAUGAUCAAAGUGAUCCGUCCAUCGCCGCACACUUCGCAGUCGAAUCUCGCCGAGAACACCCCACUGCUGAAGGAUGAGCAAAAAGACGCAAACGGCAGCUCGGCGCCGUCGUCGAGCAACGCUGAGCCACCAGUUUAG